UCCCUAGAUUUUUCAUUUACGAAUAUACUUUCCACGCGGUAGUACACAAUUAGAAAAGUUCAGAGUUUUCUAGUAAAAUAUAAAACCGGAAAAAUAACCAUUUUGAUUAAAACAAAAACAAGAAAAAACAAUAUGGUAUACACCGGCUAUGAGCACUACAUGCGCCAGCAGGCAGACGAAACUGAAUGGAUGCCUUAUGGCGAGUCCAACAACUGGGAGCAAAGUAUGGCUGUUUAUAGCGGCGAGGGUAUAAUGGCCGACGAGGAGGAGCACCUGGUUCCUUCUCUUAACACGCAGUUGAGCCUCAUCGACUACGAAUUGGGCAUGAAGCACUUGCUUCAGCACACCUGGACCGUGUGGCACUGGGAGAACGAUCGCUCCAAGGCCUGGAGCGACAUGCUCAGCGAUGUGACUAGCUUCAAUACCGUUGAGGAUUUCUUUAGUGUGUAUUACUUCAUCAAGCCGCCCUCGGACCUCAAGAUAUUCAAUGACUAUAUGGUCUUCAAGCAGGGUAUACGUCCCAUGUGGGAGGACGAGUACAACAAGGAGGGCGGCCGUUGGAUUAUGCUCUUGGACAAGGCCUCUAAGGCAUUUAGUGAUAAAUUGUGGCACGAUUUGCUGCUGUGCAUUAUUGGCGAAUGCUUUGACUAUUCCGACCAGAUCUGUGGUGUGGUAAUCAAUGUUCGCAAUAAGGCCAACAAGUUGUCCCUAUGGACAAGGAAUUCACGCAAUGCCCAGGCUAUCAUGACCAUUGGCAAUCAGUUGAAGCAGUUCCUCCACCUGGGCGAAAUGGAGAUCCAGUACCAGGGCCACAAGGAUGCCAUGGUUCAGCACGGUCCCAAUGUCAGUGCCUUGUACAGAAUCUAAGAUAUAUGUUAAUAUCUAUAUGAUCUCCCGCGCUUGCCAUCGUAAAUGCCCAGUUCUUCGAUAGAAAUGUGCAUCUACGAUCCACGCUGGAGCGACUCACAUCCUUAUACUAUAUAUAAACACAUAUUUUAUCCACGCACAGAUAGUGGUUUUAACAUGAAUAAAGCAUUGCAUACAAGAAUACAAAAGUA